AUGUCCAUCGGCUUGAUAUGUCUUAUAUGGACAAUACUCCGGAUUGCCGCGCCCUCCACGCCCUCGAUCAAAGCCUCAUGGCGGCACUACGACCUGCCUACCAUAUCCUUUCAGCCCACUGACACUGCACCGAUCGUGAACGCCUCACGAGUCGCGCUUCUGAUCGAGGACCGGGUCAGCGAGCUCGUGGCGCCAACUAUCACACACUUCAUGAGUGUCCUGCCACGAGACUGGAAGUUCGUCUUCCUCGGCAGCCCGGAGGCCGUAGACCACCUCGACACCUCGGCGGUGAUGCGCAGGAGUAUCCAGGCAGGUCAACUCGAGGCUAAGUUGAUUCCUAGCAACAUGACCGUGGCGGGCCGCGAGGAAAUCAGCCAGUUCCUGACCGAUCUAUGGGUGUACGAAGUGCUCCUUGCACCGGCGGAGUGGUUACUCCUCUACCAGACUGAUAGUAUCAUGUGCGGCAAAGCAGCCUCCAACCUCAACUCCUGGCUCCAUUUCGACUACGUCGGCGCCUCUUGGAACACCGAAUCCCGCUACGGCGGCAAUGGCGGCCUCUCGCUCCGCAAAGUCUCGUCCGUCAUCCGCAUCCUACGCUCCCAGAAACGGCUGCCGGGCUCGGAGUUCGAGGACAGCUGGGUCACCGAGCGCCUGGGCCACCUGGUCGGCGGACGCGUCGCCAACGGCACAGAGGAGCUGGGGUUCUCCGCCGACGGCGUCUGGAGCGACGAUGUCUUGCCCAUGGGCUACCACACGGGCUUUGGUGGGAGUGUGUUGAACGGAAAUGUGUAUGGCACCCCGGCGAAGAGGGAGAAAGUGUUUGGAUAUUGUCCGGACUUGAAGAUGGUGGUACCUAUGGAUGCCGAGGUGUUCUUUGGGGGCAGGUACUGCCGUACGGUCUGGAAGUAG